AUGUUCUAGUGUCAAAAUUAAAAAUUAGAAGAAGUUUAUCAAGAGCAUUGUGAAUAAAAUCUAAAUAACACUGAUAAAAUAGUUAACUUUAUAUUAAGGAUACUAAUAUUGAUUGUUUCUAUUCUGUCAAGUUUAUUUGUUCUAUUAAUUAUCAGAAAAAGUAACAAAACCUAAUUUUGGCCUUUUAAGUUAAUAAAAAUGUAGGUUAUAUCUGAAUUGAUUGAUCUCACAUUUGCCUUAUUAUUUACUAUUAAUAGUUCAUGUUGGCCUAAGGUUUGCAAAUUUAUUGCAUAUAUUAUGCAUUCUAAUUGGUUAGCUUCUUUAAAUUUUAUGUUAUUCUAGUGCUUUAUCUACUUUUGUUUAAUUAAGGUAAACUAUCAAAUUUACUAAUAGUCAGAAUUGUUAUUCAACUAUAUCAUGAAUUAUCUUAAAUACUUUAUAAUUUUUUUAUAUAUUGUGCCAUAUGGAAUUUUAUUUUUUGUAUUAUAUGAUGAUGGAUUUGGUCCUUCAGGAUGGUAUUUAUAAAAUGGUGAGUUCAAUUUCAUUUUUUGUGGAUGUAAAUUUCUACUUUAAAUUAAGUUAUUAAUAAUCAAUUGAUAGGAUUUUGGAUUACCCCUGUUUCAAUUAUAUUUAUCCUUUCAAUCAUGCUUUCUUUAUUUGUAAAAGAAUAUAUUUAUAAUAGAAUUCAUAUUAUUGGUAUCACCUUAAAAAUAAAAAGGGGCUUAAAUAUCCUGCCUUAAGAAUCUAAUCAAUAAUUAUAUUCCCUCUACUCUAUUCAUUUGCAUGGAUUAUCAAUUUUUUGAUUCGGUAUAGAAUAUAUAUAUAUUAGAUUAUUUGAUACUGAUGCUAACAAUUAAAAUUAUUGCCCUAUUAAAGAGAUGAAUUGGGUAUUCUACAUUUUUUAUUUAAUUUUAAAUUUGGGAUUUGAGUUACAUUUAACAUUAGGAGCAAUACUAUUUUAUUUUAUAUAUAGGUAUAUUUUUUGA